GGGCGGUAUAGCGCUGGUGAAUUAGGUACAAUGAAGUUACAAACCAAAGCCGUGAAUGUGUUAGAGAGAACAUCACACUAUCUUCAAGCGGGAGUUCUUACCAAGAAGCCUUUGUGGUUCGAUGCGUUGGGAAAGUAUCCACCAAACAAGAACUUUCUCCACGAGGUGAAGGAGCAAGUCAAUGAACAGUCGAUUUCUUUGAACAAGACGCAGUAUGCGUCGAAGAAUGCACCAUUGUACAAGACAAGACAAUCUCAAAAGCCGGGCAAGAGCCCUUAUAAACCAAAUAAACUUCGUUAUGUCGAGGACGAGUUGAGAAGUUUGUUCUUUGAACAACACCCAUGGGAGCUCGCAAGACCAAAAAUUGUCUUGGAAAACACAGGUGACGAUAUCAAGUCCCAGGACUGGUCCUCGAUAAAACAGCUAAAUAAGCCAUUGGAUGGUGAAUCAGUUGUACAGAGAACCCUCUACCUCGUUAAGAAUGAGUCUAAAACUCUUGCAGACGCAUAUGACCAGGCAAGAUUUGAGUUUUACAGAUUGAGAAUCCAAGAGGAGAUACAAGAUCAAGUGAGCAGAGAAGAGAACGAAAUGUUUGGUUCAGUGUUCAACGCUGGUCCUUUGGAAUACGGUGUUGAAAGAGAACAGGUUGUCAUUGAUAAAUGGAGAGUUGAAGCUGAAGAACUCUCCAGAAUCGCAGAGGCUAGUAAGAAACAGGACAACGCGAUCUAACCGGAUCUUGUGUUAUUUCUUUUGUACAUAGAGAAGCAAAGAAUACAUUGUUUAUAAUCGU